GAGAGAUGAAAAAUGUUGAAUCUGUGAUCAGAAGGCUUGAUUUAUUAUUUUAUGAUAUAUAUAUAACAUUAUGACUAUACUAAAAUGAAUAGAAGAAAAAGUUCUCAGAAGGCUAGCUAAGCUAAGAAUAAGAAUGAUAACAAAAGAGCUCUCUCAGACUCUGUCUGAGAUAGCUCAGUUUUUGAUUGACCAUUAAUUGUAAACGUCUAAGAUGGGCCAAUCACAGGUGGACUUGUUGCAUUCCACAGCAGCAGACAACAAUUGUUUACAUUUGUUGCUGAAACUUCUCAGCUCUAACAGGAAAAAUCCUAAGAUAGAAUUUUAAUGAAAAGAUGUCUGCGACAGCUGCCCACUGCUCAUUGUCCUGAUGAGAGAAGUACCAGGGUGACAGAAAAGGGCUUUGGUGCACUGGGUUGCCUGGUUGAAGGGACAAGAGCACAAGGUACAAGAGAUGGUGGUCUUGAUUCCUUUGGUAGUCGGGAUGAAUGCCAAAAUGAACAAGAAAGCUAACGGGAGCAAAAAGUAGCUUAAAGACUGGUGCCAUUGGUGGAAUUUUGGGUUUUUUGAACAUGAGGUAGUUUGUAUAGCACCAGGCUGGAGAUAGAUGGGUUCACCUCUAGAAGAGAAGAGGCAAAAGGGUUCCAACCUGUGGAUUGGCAGGCUGAUUGAGAGGGCUUUAAACUAGAUCUGAGGGGAGAGGGGGAUGAGAGCACAGUCACUAGAGAUGAAGCUGGGGGCAGCAGGCCAGUGCGGGGCAGAAAUUGACAGCACAGCUAAAGUGCAUCUACACCAAUGCAGCAGUGUGGGCACCACAGGAGGAGCUGGAGGCUGUGGUGCAGCAGCAAAGCUCUGAUCUAGUUGCUGUCAUGGAACUGUGAUGACUCCAUGACUGGAAUGCUGCAAUGGAUGGCUCCAAGCUCAUUAGAAGGGAUAGGUGAGGCAGGAGAGGUGGUGUGAUGACUCUGUACCUUAGGGAGGGUUUUGGCUGUCUGGAGCUUAGUAAUGAAAAGGAUGAAUGGUUGUGGUGAAAAUCAAGGGGAAGGCUGGCAAGGCAGAUAUCCUGGUGGGGGUCUGUUCUAGACCUCCCAACCAGGAUGAAGAGGCAGAUGAAUUAUUCUAUAAAGUGCUGGCUGAUGUUUCAUGGUUGCCAGUCCUUGUUUUUGUGGAGGUCUUUAACCUGCUGGAUGUCUGCUGGAAGAAACCCAGUGGAGAGAAGACAGUCUGAGAGGCUCCUGGAAUGUGUGGAAGAGAACUUCUGGCUCAGUAGCUGAGCAGCCCCCCUAGGGUGGGGCCCUGCUGGACCUGCUGUUUGCAGACUGAGAGGGGCUGCUGGAAGAUGUGGUGGUUGGAGCCAUCUUGGGCACAGUGACCCUGAAAUGAAGGAGUUUCAGUCCUUGGCGAAGUAACAAGGUGCAUCAACAAAACCUCUACACUGUCAGAGGGUGAAUGUCAGCCAGUUUGGGACACUGAUUUGGACAGUCCCUUGGGAAGCAGCCCUUAAAAACAAAGGGUCCAGGAAGGCUGGGCAUACAUUGAGAAGGAAAGCUUUAAGGUGCAGGAGCAGCUUGUCCCUAUGUGCCUAAAAAUGAGCUGGUGGGGAAGAAGGGAUUGUCCCCCUGACCUUGGCAUUGGUGAGGCCACACCUCAAGUCCUGUGUCCAGUUCUCAGCCCCUCAGUUCAAGAAGGACAUGGAGGGGCUGGAGUGUGUCCAGAGAAGGCAACGUAAUAGGGAGGGCCUAGAGGGUGAAUCCUCUGAGGAGCAGCUGAAGGAGCUGGAGAGGCUCAGCCUGGAGAAAAGGAGGCUCAGGGGAAACCUUCUCAUUCUCCAGAACUCCCUGACAGGAGAUCAGAGCCAGGGGAGGCUCAGCCCUGGAGCGGCCUCAAGUUAUGCCAGAAGAGGUUCAGGGUGGACGUCAAGAAAAAUUUCUUCAUGGAAAGGUGGUCAGGCAUUGGAAGGAGCUGCCCCGCGGAGUCUGAGUCCCUGGAGGUGUCCAAGAAAUUAUGGAGGAAAAAAUGUAAACCUUCAUUUCUCAAGAGGGACGUGCGGGCUCCGGCCCAUGGCCUCUGACCACAGCUCUGCUGCUCUUGACUACAACUCCGUGGUUUCUGCUGCUGGCACGUCCCGUGAGGGUGGCACCAGUGUCCAGCCUGGGGCCUGGCCCGGCAUUGUCAGCAUCCAGGCCACCUGGGAGAACGGCACGUGGCACAUGUGCACGGGUGUCCUCCUCAGCUCCCAGUGGGUGCUCACGGUGGCACACUGCUUCGCCAGAGCCGGGGGCAUCUCCACGUGGGACGUGGUGAUUGGGGCCACAGAUCUGACUCAGAUGGGCCCUGAGGCUCUGGUGAGACGCAUCCAGAGGCUCCUGGUGCACCAGCACUACGUGGCUGCCACGGCCAGGAACGACAUCGCCCUGGUGGAGCUGGACCAGCCCGUGGAGUGCAGCGACUACAUCCAGCUGGGCUGUGUGCCCGACCCCUCACUCAGGGUCUCGGAGCUGAAAUCCUGCUACAUCGCCGGCUGGAACUUUGCCAGAGCUCAGGGAACAGCCAUGGUGCUGCAGGAGUCCAAGGUUCACCUCAUGGACACUGAGCUCUGCAACAGCAGCCCAUGGUAUGCAGGGGCUGUUCAUGCUGACAACCUGUGUGCUGGGUACCCACAGGGCGGCAUCGACACCUGCCAGGGGGACAGCGGGGGUCCCCUCGUCUGCAAGGACAAUGCAGCUGACUACUACUGGCUGGUGGGAUUGAACAGCUGGGGAAGAGGCUGUGACAGAGCCAGGCACCCCGGGAUCUACACCUCCACUCAGCACUUCUACAACUGGAUCCUGCUCCAGACGGGCCUGAGCCCAGCAGAAAGAGCUGGUCCAGCACCGGAGCCACCUGUCACCUCGGCCCCCGAGGAGGAGCCUGAGGAACCAGAGGAACCAGAGGAAGAGAUCAACUUGACCCCUGAGUACAACGAGAAACCAGCAGUGACAUCCUCGGGCACGUCACUGCCCAUGGCAUUCCCACACCAGAUCCUGGUGCAAUUCUGGAAUCUGGUGCAGGAGUUCCUGCAGUUUUAGAAGGACAAAAAGCCUGAGCAGCAGCAGGAUGAGCAGGAUCCAGGGCUACAGUGGAUCACGGCAGCUCCAAGGCAGCCUCGGGGCCAGAGGCUUCUCUGUCCUGCCCACGCUGCUGCGCUGCAGCCACAGCGAUGCUGACGUGACUGAGGUGUUGAAGUAAAGUUUCUGUGUUCACCAUUACCCGUGUGUUCAGCCCUGCUCAGUGCACCCGCAGGCUCGCAGAGUCCCUGCUCUGUCUGUCCAUCUGCUGUGCUGUUCACAUUCAUUCUUCAGCCUGGGGAGGGCUCCAGGGAAACCUCAGUGCCCCUUGCAUUGAAGCAGGUUAUAACAGUGGGGGAGAGCGAGAGCGGCUUUUUGCAUGGGCAGGCCAUGACAGGACAAGGAGGAAUGGGUUAAACCUAGAGGAGGGGAGAUUGGGAUGAGGCGCUGGGAAGGAGUUUUUACUCAGGGGGUGGUGAGGCCCUGGCACAGGGUGCCUGGAGAAGCUGUGGCUGCCCCUGGAUCCCUGGAAGUGUCUAAGGCCAGGUUGAACAGGGCUUGGAGCAACCUGAAAUAGUGGAAGGCGUCCCUGUCCAUGGCAGGGGCUGAAUGAGGUGACCUUUAAGGUCCCUUUCUAACCAAACUAUUCCAAGAUUCCAUGACUGUUUUAAGAGUGUGUGUGUGUAUCCAGCUCUCUGGAAUGCAGCAUCCUGUGCACACACGCACACACAGACAAGAGGCAUGGCCACAUCCAACAAGGUGGGACAGAACCAGCCCCUGGGUGUGAGCCCACCUGUGUCAGCUGUACGGACGGGAAGGAGAAGCCUCCUGUGCUCAGAGCCCCUGGGAUCUGGCUGUUCUGGGGCAGAAUGGGGACAGCAGCCCAGGGAUGGCAGCAGAGGUCAUGGGUGGACUGAGGC